AUGGAUUUCCUGCUUCUCGGGCUCUGUCUAAACUGGCUGCUGAGGAAACCCCCGGGGUGGAUCGUGUGUGUGCUGGGUGUCGGCUUUCAGAUGCUCCCGGCGGCGCAGAGCGGAUGCCCGCAGCUGUGUAGGUGCGAGGGGCGGCUGCUGUACUGUGAGUCACUGAACCUCACGGAGGCGCCUCACAACCUGUCUGGCAUGAUGGGCUUGUCUCUGCGGUACAACAGCCUCUCGGAGCUGCGUGAUGGCCAGUUCACGGGGUUAAUGCAGCUCACGUGGCUCUAUCUGGAUCACAAUCACAUUUGCUCGGUGGAGGGGGACGCCUUUCAGAAGCUCCGCCGGGUGAAGGAGCUCACCCUGAGCUCCAACCAGAUCAGCCAGCUGGCCAACACCACGUUCCGGCCCAUGCCCAACCUGCGCAGCGUGGACCUGUCCUACAACAACCUGCAGGCGCUGGCGCCCGACCUCUUCCACGGGCUGCGGAAGCUCACCACGCUGCACAUGCGGGCCAACGCCAUCAAGUUCGUGCCCGUGCGCAUCUUCCAGGACUGCCGCAGCCUCAAGUUCCUCGACAUCGGCUACAACCAACUCAAGAGCCUGGCACGCAACUCCUUCGCCGGCCUCUUCAAGCUCACCGAGCUCCACCUGGAGCACAACGACCUGGUGAAGGUGAACCUGGCGCACUUUCCGCGCCUCGUCUCCCUGCACUCGCUGUGCCUGCGCCGCAACAAGGUGGCCAUCGUCGUCAACUCCCUGGACUGGGUGUGGAGGCUGGAGAAGUUGGACCUGUCGGGCAAUGAGAUCGAGUACAUGGAGCCGCACGCCUUCGAGGCCGUGCCCCACCUCGACUCGCUGCAGCUCGACUCCAACCGGCUCACCUACAUCGACCCACGGAUCCUCAACUCCUGGAAGUCCCUGUCCAGCAUCACGCUGUCGGGGAACGUGUGGGACUGCGGGCGCAACGUGUGCGCCCUGGCCUCGUGGCUCAGUAGCUUCAAGGGCCGCUACGACGGCAACUUGCUCUGCGCCAGCCCGGAGUACGCCCAGGGGGAGGACGUCCUGGACGCGGUGUACGCCUUUCACCUUUGCGAAGACGCCGCGGACCCCACCAGCGGCCACCUGCUCUCGGCCGUGACCAACCACAGCGACAGGGCGGCAGGCGUCAGCCCUGCCACCACGGUCUCGGCCGGGGGGAUGCAGGAUAUGGAGGGAGCCAGGACAACGGACGCCGUCGGGGGGGUCACCGUCCCCGUCGAGCAUGCCGAGAACGCCGUGCAGAUCCACAAGGUGGUGACGGGGACCAUGGCCCUCAUCUUCUCCUUCCUCAUCGUGGUGCUGGUUUUGUAUGUGUCCUGGAAGUGUUUCCCAGCCAGCCUCAGGCAGCUGCGACAGUGUUUUGUGACACAGCGCAGAAAGCAGAAGCAGAAACAGACUAUGCAUCAGAUGGCUGCCAUGUCAGCCCAGGAGUACUAUGUGGACUACAAGCCCAACCACAUUGAGGGCGCGCUGGUGAUCAUUAACGAGUACGGGUCCUGUUCCUGUCACCAGCAAGCAGCCAGGGAAUGUGAGGUGUGAUGGGGGCCGAGGGGGUUUCAGACCUAUGAGCAACCAAAUAACCGUGGGGAGAGAGGAGACGAGACGGGGAGGGUUGGCGGUUCCCUGCUUUCUCAUGCACUUCUGGACUGAAUUUGUCAGACUCUUGUCUCCAGACUUGAGAUUUUAGCUUUAUCCGUGUCUUAAAAACAAACAAGAACACAAACCAGAAACCAGAACCCCCACCCCUCACACUCACCUACCCACAUACUCAGCCUCGAACACACACACACAC